CCCGGCGUCACGCUCCGGCUCCGGGCGGUGCGGGGCUGCGCGCUUCCUUCGGGGCCGCUCCGCUCGGCUGCGGGGCUCGGGCGGCGAGUGGGACGGCGGGGACGGGAGCGGCUUCCUCGAAGCCGGGCCCAAAGGGCGCGACGUUCCUUUGCCCGUCUAUCCAUUUUUUUUCGAGAAAACGUUCAAAAAUGGGUUCUUCGCCCAUAUAGCCCCAAUCCACCACUUGGGUGGAAGGCGUUACACAACCGGGGCAGUUAUACAAACCGAAGUUAUUUCAUAACUUGUUUACAUCGACCCGCCUCUCCCCACUCUUUGGCUUUUUCGGAGUCGCGCUCCCCCUUUUCUCCCGGUAUUAUUCUUUCUCGGGUGGGUCUGUGCGAUCGGGCUGGCGGCGGGUGCGCCUUGUUGCCUCCCAUCGAGAAGCCGUAAGAUCGUCAGGAAGGGGGGAAGAAGAGGGGGAAGGUAAAAAAGAAAGACCCAAAAAGAAAAAAGUCCGGUCUCAAACUUUGCCAACCGUACCAGCCCGUGACAUUCCUCCCAUUAAAGAAGUUUUACCAGAAAUGACGCUGCGGUUCCCAGCCGCCUCCGAUCGCAUCUCUCGGGUGCCCUCUGCGGGCCGUGCCGAGCUCGCACAUCUAUCUCCGUGUCCGGCAGCGGGAUCCGGCGCUCCGCAUGACAGCGGCCCCUGCGCUCCGUCCUCCGGCACGUGCCCCGGAGCUCAGGCCGGCCGAGGGGUUCAUAACUGUUCCUCUCCUCGUCCCUCGUGUGCUCUGGCAGUGCCCGAACUCUGGUGCGUCCCACGGCACGGCCCGGUCCCGGAGGUGAUGGACCCGGAGAAAUUUCGAGUAGAUAUGCCAGGAUCAGGCAGCGCUUUUAUACCCACGAUCAACGCCAUCACAACCAGCCAAGACCUGCAGUGGAUGGUGCAGCCCACUGUCAUCACCUCCAUGUCCAGCCCGUACUCUCGCUCGCACCCCUAUAGCCACCCGCUGCCACCGCUGUCCUCUGUGGCCGGACACACAGCCCUUCAGCGACCGGGUGUCAUCAAAACCAUCGGCACCACAGUGGGACGGAGACGAAGGGAUGAGCAGCUGUCGCCCGAGGAAGAAGAGAAGCGAAGGAUCCGGAGAGAGAGGAACAAGCUGGCAGCUGCUAAAUGUCGUAACAGGCGCCGAGAGCUAACAGAGAAACUCCAGGCGGAAACUGAGGUGCUGGAGGAGGAAAAGUCAGUCCUUCAAAAAGAGAUUGCUGAGCUCCAGAAGGAGAAGGAAAAACUAGAGUUCAUGCUGGUUGCUCACAGCCCUGUGUGUAAAAUCAGCCCCGAGGAACGUCGGAGCCCACCAACCAGCAGCCUCCAGAGCGUUCGGACUGGAGCGAGCGGAGCAGUGGUGGUGAAGCAGGAGCCCGUGGAGGAAGAGAUCCCAUCUUCCUCCUUGGUCCUUGACAAAGCUCAGAGGUCUGUCAUUAAGCCCAUCAGCAUUGCUGGAGGUUAUUAUGGGGAGGAGGCACUCAACACUCCCAUCGUGGUGACCUCAACACCAGCCAUCACUCCUGGUUCCUCCAACUUGGUGUUCACUUACCCCAACGUCUUGGAUCAGGAGUCUCCUCUCUCCCCGUCUGAGUCCUGCUCCAAAGCUCACCGGAGGAGCAGCAGCAGCGGCGACCAGUCCUCGGAUUCCUUGAACUCUCCCACCUUGCUGGCAUUGUAAUCCCCUGAGGCCCCCCAUUGCCAGUGUGUUACAUCCCCUGCCCAGCUCCAUGGGGAGACCCCUCCAUGGGAUUAGAGACAGGCACAGGAUCGUUCAAGCACAAGGGCAGCAAGAACAAGAAUGGGGAAAUGCUGCAGCUCCAGGAAAGAGAGUGAGGGCCAACGCCAGCUCUCUGGAGGCAGGAAACGGCAAGGGUGGGACUGAUGCACCAGGACUGAUUGUGGAGAGGGCAGUUUCUCCUCUGUAGGGUCUGCCGGUGGAAACCUCAUCUUGGCACCAUAGUGGACUUGGAGAGCACUGCUGGCCAGGACUGAAGGCGAGCUGCAGACAGUUGCUAGCCAUCCCUUUGCUUUGUGAAUUGAUCUGAUCAGUUAUGCUCUGUGCUUAGAUCUUUCUGGUUAGUUACCUUACAACUUCUUCUUUCCUCCCCUCUCUUUCUCUGCCUAUAAUUUCCAGUGUUGUCGAUCCUAUGACAUUUCAUCCAGUUGUUCUGAACUCUAAAGGAUCUUUCUUGGGAUGGGCUGUGGGAAACAUGCACAAUUGCCUUGUUGGGAAGGGGAUGCCUGGGAGCUGGUGAGGGGGGACCAAGAGGAGCCCAAGGGCUCAUUGGCAAGGGCAGAGCUCAUUACCUGUGACACAGACACAGUGAAUGGAGAGAACAGGAGGCUCACAUGGAGGACUUUUUUUUUUUUUUUUUUUUUUUCCUCUUAACAAGUAGAUAUAUUUAUCCCCUUGGGCUCCUCAAAAGCCAAGUUAGCAUCUCAGGGCCAAAGUGGCACCAGAAAAGCUGCUGAGUUGGCACUUUGUGUCUUUGGCAGGAUUUUGGCUGCAGUUUGAUAAUACCAGAUCUGCUGCUGGACUUGUUUAGUUCUUCUGGGCUGCUCGUUCUCUAGGUAGUAUUUCAUCUUCCUUCCCAUCAGGGCCCCUGACUCAGAUGCUGAUCUCUUCCUGUUAGUUAAAUUGUCCCCUGUCCUUUUCAGAACAUACUACCGAAAGAGGUGGCACUAUGGAGACUGGCAGAGGUUAGAAGGGUGAAGGGAUCUUGUGCCCUUUCCUUGUUGGGAAACACAACAGCACACUUCUGCACAGUUGAUACUUGCUGCUGGAGUUUACUCGGAGCUUCUCAGUUUCUGAGGCUGGAGGAAGGCAGGAGUCCAGCCUCCAGCACAGCACAGGCCUUGAGGUGCUCCUGACCAGGCGGCAGUGGUGUAGCUGAAGUUCUAAUAACAUCUGGUGUGACUGACAGGUUGACAUUGGAGGAAAAUCAGUUACCAUUUUUUGCACCUUAGUCUCUGGCCUCCGUUGUUUUUUUGUAUUUGCAGUGUAGUUGAUCUGGUUUUGCUGGGGUUGACUGGCCUAAAGGCCAAAAGUAAAUCAGAGGGCUCUUCCGCCAGCAUUAAGUCCCUGUAUUCUCCAGUGUGUGGGCUUGGCUUCUAGCACUGAGUGCUCACAGAGGGCACAAGUGCUGAAGUAAGUUCACUGCUGUGAACAGCAAUGUGUGAAACUUUUCCUGCUUGGAGCCAAGCUCAGUUCCUGUAGGUGUCAAGGCACUGAUGAACCAUGACCUUGUGCACAUGAGGAUAGCUAAGCUGCUUAGGGGAUGGCUCUUCAGUCCAGGCUGUUGAAGCUGUGAUGGCAGCUAUUUAUUGUGAGAUUUUCUUCAUUAUUAUUGUAUUUAAAUUGGCUGAAACUUGGGAAUUUCUUGGUCAGGCUGGACCUGGAGAAAUACAAAAUGUAAUGACAGGGUCAGUGCUGUGAGAUGCUGAACUGCUGCAGCUCCUGCCAACUCCACUGGGAUUUAAUAAGGCUCAGACCUUUCCUCAGCUGGUCUGGAUUCCCUCAAACUCUGGUCACUGCCUAUUCUUUUAAUCGUUUCAAAGGGACACUAUUUGGCUGUUUUUGAUUUUUAAAUUAUUAUUAUUAUUAUUUUAAACCGGGGUAUCUGUAAGAGCUGCCAGCAAUAGAAAGAUGAGUGAUCUUUUUCCUGUGUAAAACUGAUUCAGUAAUGCAGGUUUUUCCUUUAUUGCUUAAAUAUUUCCCUUGUUAUACUAGUGCUAGAAGUUUCAAAUCGAGCUCUUUCAAUAAGUGAAGUUGAUAAAGGAAUUCUUCUCCCCUCACACGAGCAUCAAAACUUGUUUGUUUAUUUGUUUUUCCUUAAACUGACAGUUCUCAUGCUAGACAGGAAGGUUCCUGACCAGGACUCGCCACUCAUCCAUGCCUGCUCCCCAUCCCCAUGGGAGAGGCAUGUAUCCCAAGGAAGUCAGUGAUUCCUACCUUAGCUUUUUGCUCACUGAAUUGUUGCCAGAAGGAGCUGCAGCUGGCCCUUGCCUACUGCACGUUGACCUGUUUUUGAUCUUCUCAGAGGUAGGACAGGAACAUCCCCUUUACUAUCCUGUGAUACUGGUGAGGAGCAAUUUGAAACUGCCCAGAAAAGAGAAUCAUUUUCUGCUACUUGAAAGAGCCCUGAAUACCUUGUGCCUGCCUGUUCUCUCCCUCAGACCUCUUAGAGGAUGUCUGUGUUGGCAUCGCCAGUCUUCUGCCUUUUGUAUUUAGUGAAUCAGCAUUGCCUUUGUUUAGUUGCUGGCAGACAGGUACAGCUUGAAGUCUCCUGCUGUUUUGGUCUGGCCCUGCAUAAUUCCUUACAGGCUUACUGGUGUGCUUUUGGGAAUCGAGUGUCUUCCUUGCUCCAUAAGUGGUAUUUGCCUGAGUACCUUCCCCAGUGAUUCCUAAAUGUACAGUGUCUCCACGUUCUUCUGCACGUACUGGGGAUGUUGGGUCGGUUUCUGAGCAGAAGUUGUUGAAGUUGAUAGAAAAAGGCCCUGGGAAUUUCAGCUGGUAUUGAACUGACCCCCUAGUGACUGGCCCAGUGAAGCAUCCAGCAGCACCUGAAGUUCAGCAGUGCCCAACUGGGAGUGGCAGUAGCAGCUGCUUGAAGGAGACAUUCAGCUUCUAGGCGAUGCUCAGCAUUCCAAUUUUGCCCUUGUUCUUUCUUCCUCCCUCUCUGGUUGUGGCACUGCCUUCAUCCAUUCCUUUCUCGUAGGUGUGGAGACAGGGUUAGUCUCAAACUGCUUGUGGUGUGAUGGUAUUUGGGACCAACCUGCUGGGGACAGUAGCUCUCUGUUGUGUUUUUUUAUAAUUAUUAUUUAAAUGAUCUAUUUAGUUCAUCUGAACCUUUAAUUUUGCUGCUUACUGUAUGUAGGAUCCACCUGGCCUUUAUCCUAAAUGAAAAGAAAACAAAAACAAACCUAAGACACCCCUCUCCUCCCUGGUAUCUUAUUAUUUAUUGGCAGGCAGCCGUUCUGUGCCUGCUCCAGCAGAUCUGCCCGCCAUUAAUUUAACAUCCUCCCAACUUGCAUUCCUGGUGUCUGGUUGUUGCUUUUCUGCUUUUUUUUUUUUUGUUGUUGUUGAUUUAUUAUUAUUAUUAUUUUUUUUUUCUCAUUCCAAGAAAGACUUCUGAAAUGUAAGAAAUCUUAUUGUUAUGACACUUAGAAGUUCAUUUGCAUUAGGAAGGCCAAGUCAAACAUUUUAAGAGGUGGGGGGAACAAUCUACAUUUUAUUUCUUAUUUAUUUAUCAUGUUUACAUCUUUUUUUUUUUUUUUUUUCCUUGUUCAAGACUUGGAUAUAAUAAAGAAAGCAUUAAAAAUAUUCCAAUUUUCUUCUUUUUUUAGGCUUUUUUUUUUCUUUAAAUAAAAGAUUCUGGGUUUUGCUGUCUGUAUAAAAUGUAAAAAAAAAAAAAAGAUGUUUCUAAAGAUGCAUUAUCAUUCCUCUGUGAACAGUAGGUGGAGUUGAGGAGAAACCUCAGAAUACAAGAUAAUAAUAAAGUUCCAUCCUGUUUUACUUAAUUGUUCCCCUCCUAUCCUGUAUGAUUAAAGGGUUAUUCCACUUUCUUGUUUGUGGUUACUUGAUAUUAAAACCAUAUUAAAAUGUGUAGAAAAUAAGUAUCCAAUUGUUUUUGCUCAGUGAGAGGAUAAAAUGUUGUAUAUAUCUUGAUAUACUGUGUAGUUCAAAGUAACAUCAAUAAGGGAUAGUGCAUCUUUAUUAGAGCGAUAGGUUACUAGUGUCACUGAAGUCUACUUUGAGAUCCUCAGACAAAAAGGGCCUGAUUCCGGUUCCACUUCCCUGUGGAAAUGUAAAGCAUCAGUAGCAUUUUGCUGCUGCACAGUGUAUGCCAGAGAUGGAAUUGAGCCUCAGCAAUUAAUAAGCAACCGUGAGGAUUAUUGAAGGUUUGGGGGCACCAUCAUCUUUUUUUCCUCAAAAGUUUUAGCUCAUGGUUUUUCUUUUUUUUUUCCUUUUCUUUCUUUUUUCUUCUUUGUCUGCAGUGGAAUAGUUUCUGCCAAGGAGGUUCUUAAAGGCGAAUACUGAACUGGGACCCUUCUUUGCUCGUUGUGAUCUUGGUAUCGUUCUUGCAGCCCUGGAGAAUCUCAUCUCUGAGGUGUUCUCUCUGGUGUUGUCUCUUCUCUGCUCUUGUUACUUUACUGUAAUACAGGCCUACAGUAUUUGCACUAAAACAAAAAGCUUGUUAGAGAAAGCUUGCUGCUAUGGAAGAAAGAACAUAUUAAAAAUGAUUUUGCUAUUACAAUUUUAACCGAGUAGCAUUUUGUAGAAUAAAAUCGAUUUAGACUGAAAAGAAAAAUGACUUUUCUUUUUUUCCUCUGCACUCCCUCCCCCAUUCUCCUUUCUUUCCUUCCUGUUACUCGGUGUGAUGGUUCCCCCCCUUCUCCUUUGGUGCUCAGUUGUAAUGAUUGGCUGUAUUGUUGACUAUGCUGCUGAGAGUUAUGACACUUGUAAAUCUUGUUUUAAUGACAUUGUGGACACUUUUGUAUAGCAAGAGCUAACUGGAGUUCUCUCUCUGUUAAUUGAAGUCAUUAAAAAGCUCCCUUUGCCAUGAACAAUUAAAA